GCGUCCGCGAGCUGCUCUUCUUCAACGUCUCGUCGUCGGGAAGACGACGACGACCUACUCGUCGCCAUCCUCAUCUCCUCCUCCUCCUCCUCCUCCUCCUCCUUCUUCAUCUGUCAUGGCGUCCUUUGUUCUCCGUCUGAGAGCUUCCGCGAACUCCUUCCUGUCGCAGUACGAGCCCAUCGCGCUGCUCGUCGCCCCUCUCCUCGCUGUCCUCGCCGCCCGCGCGGUCCGAUCGUUCGUCGGCAUUUUGCACGAGAGAGGACUCAAGGCGGCUUCGAUAGGCUUCUUCAUGAGCUGCAUCAAGUUGGUACCUGCCGUGAGGAGUUAUAUAGACGCAGAGAAGCAGAAGGUGGUGGACAAGUUACAGUCUGGUGGUCAAUCCAAAAGAAAAGGCUGGAGAUCUGAGUUGCCAAGAUCUGGUGUGGGAAAUGGUGUAAUAGACAUAAUGAAGGAAGAAAAAAAGAAUGAUGUGGUUUGGCAAGGCAAAUGCUCGGGUACAGUAUAUAUCAGGGGAAGCGAAUGCGAGGGGCAUUUUUCACUGAUAAAUGAGGCUUGUUCCAUGUUUGCACACACCAACCCGUUGCAUUUAGAUGUCUUCCAGAGUGUGGUUCGAUUUGAGGCAGAGGUUGUUGCCAUGACUGCUGCUUUACUGGGAAGUAAAGAAAAAGUUUCAGGAGGACAAAUAUGUGGAAACAUGACAUCCGGGGGAACUGAGAGUAUAUUAUUGGCAGUAAAAACUUCACGUGAUUAUAUGAGAGCUAAGAAGGGAAUUACAUCGCCUGAAAUGAUAAUACCGGAAUCUGCACACUCAGCAUAUGACAAGGCUGCUCAGUAUUUCAACAUCAAACUGUGGCGUGUUCCAGUGAAUAAAGAAUUCCGAGCGGAUGUAAAAGCAAUUAAGCGGCACAUUAACAGAAACACCAUCUUGAUUGUUGGAUCUUCACCCGGGUUUCCUCACGGCAUCAUUGAUCCCAUUGAGGAGCUUGGUGAACUCGCUUCUAGCUGCAACAUAUGUCUCCAUGUUGACCUUUGUCUUGGUGGCUUCAGAUUACCUUUUGCUCGUAAACUUGGGUAUCCAGUUCCUCCCUUUGAUUUUUCCGUUGAAGGGGUAACAUCGAUAUCGGUAGAUGUGCACAAAUAUGGUUUGGCCCCAAAAGGAACUAGCAUUGUUCUAUACAGAAAUCAUGACAUCAGGAAGCAUCAAUUUGUUGCUGUGACGGAGUGGUCUGGAGGUCUAUAUGUCUCUCCAACCAUGGCAGGGAGCAGACCAGGGGCCUUAAUUGCUGGUGCUUGGGCGGCAAUGAUGUCUCUAGGGGAAGAAGGUUAUCUAGAAAACACAAAAGAGAUCAUGGAAGUGUCGAAGAAGAUUGAAAGGGGAAUAAAGGACAUUCCAGAGAUUUUCAUCAUCGGCAGGCCGGACAUGACAAUUGUAGCCUUUGGUUCUAAUGUUAUUGACAUAUUCGAAGUUAAUGAUAUCAUGUCAUCCAAAGGCUGGCACCUGAAUGCACUGCAGAGACCCAAUAGCUUACAUAUAUGUGUGACCCUUCAACAUGUACCGGUGGUUGAAGAUUUCCUCAAGGAUUUGAAGGAAUCCGUGAACAUUGUUAAACGAAACCCAGGACCCAUAAGUGGAGGGAAGGCUCCUAUAUAUGGUGCUGCGGGAAAGAUGCCAGAUAGAGGAAUGGUCCAGGAAUUGUUGGUAAAUUUCAUGGACAGUGCUUGCUAAGUGGCUUUGGCUGGGUGUUACUUGAUGUUCUUGGGCCCCGUUCUUCGAACUUUACCAUCAUGGGUCAUCUCUUACCUUAAUCUUCCGUCCUUGACAUUCUUUGAUUCUCGCACGGGUGUUCUUGUUUAUCAGAAUAAUUUAUAUGCUUGAUUAUCAACUAAUGAUGUCGAUUUAUUUUUUUUGGGUUGAACGUGAUGUCGAAU